GUCAGUGACGUAUAGCAUCAUGGCGGCGCCCCACUCCACCGUGAAAUUCUGGAAGCCCGGCUCUGAUGCUCCUGGUGUGCGCGAGGAGAGGGAUCUGUCCACUGAGACCACCGGAUCUCCAGUCAUCUAUAAUCCACACACGGCUCUCUCAAUAGAGAAACAGAGGCAGAGACUGCCAGUCUUCAAGCACAGAAACAAUAUUCUCUAUCUGGUGGAAAGUUUCCAGACUGUGGUGAUUGUCGGAGAAACCGGAUGUGGGAAAAGCACACAGAUUCCACAGUAUUUGUUGGAGGCCGGAUGGGCGGCAGAAGGGAAGGUGAUCGGUGUCACUCAGCCUCGACGUGUGGCGGCUACAUCUGUGGCUGCUCGUGUAGCAGAAGAGAGAGGGGCAUUUCUUGGCCAUGAAGUGGGCUACAGCAUCAGGUUUGAUGACUGCUCUGACCCCCAGGCUACACGGAUCAAAUUUCUGACGGACGGGAUGUUGGUUAGGGAGAUGAUGUCUGACCCUCUGUUAAAGAAAUACAGUGUGUUAAUGUUGGACGAGGCUCACGAGAGAACGCUUUACACCGACAUCGCCAUCGGCCUUCUGAAGAAGAUUCAGAAGAAGCGGAGAGACCUGCGUCUGAUUGUAGCUUCAGCCACCCUGGAUGCCAAGAAAUUUCAAGAUUUCUUCAACCUAAAUGAGACCGGAGACCCAAGCAAAGACACCUGUGGCAUUCUGACGGUCGAGGGCCGAACUUUCCCUGUGGAUAUUUUCUACACCGUCAGUCCCGUGCCGGACUAUGUGAAGGCCACUGUGGAAACUGUGCUGAAGAUUCAUGAGACGGAGGAUGAUGGUGAUGUGUUGGCCUUUCUCACAGGACAGGAGGAGGUGGAGAAGGUGGUGUCCUUGCUCCAGGAACAGGCCCGGACUCUGUCCCGCUACGGCAUGAAGAAACAUCUGUGUGUGCUGCCUAUGUACGCCGGUCUGCUGUAUAAAGAACAGAUGCGAGUGUUUGAGCGGAUGGCCCCUACUGUCAGAAAGGUGGUGGUUGCCACUAAUAUAGCGGAGACGUCCAUCACCAUUAAUGGCGUGGUGUUUGUCAUUGACUGUGCUUUUGUGAAGCUGAGAGCGUAUAAUCCCCGGACAGCCAUUGAAUCACUGAUCGUCACGCCCAUCUCUAAAGCCUCCGCCUGUCAGAGGGCCGGAAGAGCCGGACGGAACCGCGCAGGGAAAUGUUUCCGUCUCUACACAGAGGAGGAUUUCCAGAAGCUACCGGAGUCUACAGUGGCAGAGAUGCAGCGCUCCAAUCUGGCUCCUGUCAUUCUGCAGCUGAAAGCGUUGGGCAUCGACAACGUUCUUCGGUUCAGCUUUCUGUCUCCUCCGCCGGCUCAGUCUAUGGUUCAGGCUCUGGAGCUGCUCUAUGCUCUUGGAGGUCUCGAUCAGUACGGGCGUCUCACGGACCCGAUGGGCAUCCGCAUGGCCGAGUUUCCCCUCAGCCCCAUGUUCGCCAAGAUGCUGCUGGAAUCGGGGAACUUCAGCUGCUCCAAAGAGAUCGUCACCAUUGCGGCCAUGAUGCAAAUUCAAAACAUUUUUGUGGUGCCGCACAAUCAGAAGAAAUCGGCCGCGCGUGAACACAGAAAGUUUGCCGUGGCUGAAGGAGAUCAUCUCACCAUGCUGAAUAUUUACGAAGCCUUCUUAAAGCAUCAGAAGAGUUCUCAAUGGUGUCAGGAUCACUUCCUCAACUACAAGGGUCUCCUGCGUGCCAUGACCAUACGUGAACAGCUGCGACACCUGCUCAACAAGUUUAAGGUUCCUCGAACGUCCAGUGAAGGUGACCCGGAUGUGAUUCUCAGAUGUGUCGUUUCGGGAUUUUUUGCGAACGCUGCGCGCAUGCAUCACUCCGGCUCCUACAGGACUCUACGAGAUGACCGAGAGCUGCACAUCCAUCCUGACUCUGUGCUGUUUGGAGAAACGCCCCCUAAAUGGGUCGUCUUCAAUGAGUUGGUUCAGACCAGCAAGUACUACAUGAGAGAUGUGACGGCGGUGGAGUCCUCCUGGCUGGUGGAGCUGGCUCCUCACUUUUACAAACAGGCCAAGCACGGAUCUCUGAACAGCAAACGGGCCAAAGUCUUGUGAUCGGAGCCGGCCGGAGGAACCCUUAAUGAAAGAGAAACACAUUUGGAACACUGUGUCACGUUUCUAUGUAUAAAUGUAUCAUACAUUUAUGCUCUCAUGGCCAUUAUUACCCUAUUUAACAGCUGUUUAGUGACGGUACAGAGCCAUGGGAAUAACUUGACUGUUUUGUUGUUCUCUAUGUGAGGGUGAAAACCGUCUGUUGAUGGAUUCACGGAAGGAACGCACCAACCCUCAUCAAUUCUAUUAAUAUCCGAUAUGACAACAAUGAUUUCAAACCUUCAUCGGAGAAAUACUGUGUAGUUCAAACGUAGUGGCCUUUUACCAUGAUGUGCCGAAUACGAUGAAGUCCCGGAGCAUUACCUGCUGUACAUGGAAUGUGCCAUAAAGCGUGUAGUUACACUGUCAGCAUGUGACGAUGAAGUGCCAUUUUUAUAUCCCUCCUUAAAAAUGAGCCUCAUUCUGCACUGUGUCAAUUAGGUGUAGUGAUUCAUUUCAUCCUGUCAUUUCCUAAGGAAAGAUGAGCCAUGACUAGUUCUUCACGUAUGGUGAGAGUUAAUAGCACAGUGAAUGACCUUUGCCUCAGGGAGGGGUUUAUUUUAUAACGUAAAAGUGAACGCAAAUCCAAACCUUUGGCUGCGCUUGUGGAUGUGGCUUUUGAUGGGAGUGCCCAGUCUGGGUCACAUGAAUGUAAUGUUCUUUACACUUGAACGUGGCAGACUUCACUGUCUCGUGUUGGGUGGUUUCUCCUCGGUCAACAGUUUAUGAUUCACUUCCAAAGAAAAGUGCUUCACAUCUAUUCACAACGAACCACAGAUCUGCUUUUUUAUGACCUGCCGAAUCUCUUCACUUCAGUAUACAUGGAUGUACAGUAUGGAUUCAAUCCUGUAGAUUCAGCUUUGCCCGGUCAAAUUAGAUGCGUGUGCAACCGGUUUAUACAACUCUUGCAUGCUUUCGACAAUACGUUUUACAGGGAAAUCACUUCUUUAGAUGUAGAACAUGUGCAAAAUGUAAUCGUACCACAGCUCUGUCUCUGUACUGAUGUUUCUCUCUCUAAAGCUCUGGACGGCAUAUAGUCGAAUAAAGCCUUAUGUUCA